AUGUAAUAUUUAAAUUUGUUCAUACAACCAAUAUCAAGUGCAGUAGUUUUCCCAUACUCUAGUUUGUAACUCCAUAAUGUAGAUUACUAUAAUCAAUCAUUACAUUCUCAAUAUAUUGGAUUGGUUUCAUAAAUCGAUGAAACCUAGCCCCACAUUGAAACUAUAUCCCAAUAUAGCCUCUAUGGCACACUUGUCCAUAUAAGAAGCAAGUAAGAAGAGUCUUCUAGCUUUUACACUGCUUUUGCAUUUGCUAGAUUUCGAAUAAAUUCGUUUUGCCAACUUUAGCCAUUUUUAGUAGCAAAUGUGGAAAUACUUAACGACGAUAUCCAAACUAGUGAUAAGCAAAUCUUAGGUACAUUUAAAGAAGCUAUAAAAGUAAAUUCACCAUUUAUAUUUAGAUCUAUAUGGAAAACUUUUCUCUUCUCCCAAAUACUCUACUAAAGCAUAAGAUAGAUGAAGAAGAAAAUUUACUAAAAUUAUAUUAUCAGGUCUCAAGCAGAAUACAAAUUCCAUUCAAUCAAAAAAUUAGAUUAUUAUAAAUGAAUGAUAACAAUGAAAGAAUAUAAAUAUUGAUGUAGUAUUUGAAUCAUAAAAUGACACAAUAUACAACUAAUAAUGAAUUGGAGCAAAAAUUGAAACAGGAACUUAUAUCAGAGAUGCAAAAUAAUGGAGAUAACUUGCUUAAUUAAACUGAAUAAAUUGUUCCAUAAAUUUAAGAAUUAGAACUGGAUUAUUAAAAGUAAUAUGUUGAAUCAUUACCAUGGGGAAUAGUACAUCCAGAGAUUAUUAGUAUAUCUCAAUGUAAAGAGAUAUUGGAUAAGAGACAUCAUGGAUUGGAGAUGGCAAAACAACGUAUUCUAUAAUUUUUAGCAAUAAAAUUAUUAACAAAAUCUACUGGAUCUAUAAUAUGUUUACAUGGUAGUCCUGGAGUAGGAAAGACUUCAUUAGCAUAGAGUAUAGCUGAAUCUUUGGGAAGACCUUUUUAAAAGAUAUCUUUAGGUGGAGUUUCAGAUGAAGCAUAGAUAAGAGGUCAUAGAAAGACAUAUGUUGGAGCUUAGGCAGGAAUGAUAAUUGAAGCAAUAAAGAAAGCAAAAUGUAUGAAUCCAGUCAUUCUACUUGAUGAAAUAGAUAAGAUUAACCAAUAUACAGUUGGUUCUGCAUUAUUGGAGGUUUUGGAUCCUGAAUAAAAUAAAGCAUUUUUGGAUAAUUAUGUAAAUGAAGAAGUCAAUUUAAGUUAAGUUCUUUUUAUUUCAACAGCAAAUUAGUAAUAUUAUGAGUAAUAAUGUUAGUUUAGAAGCAAUAUAACCAGCAUUAAAAGACAGAUUAGAAAUGAUUGAAAUACCGUCUUAUACAUUAGAUGAGAAAGAAAAGAUUGCAAUUUUACAUUUGAUUCCAAAAUAAUUGGAGCUUAAUGGGAUUGAUGGGAAGGUAGAUUUCAGUAAAGAAGUAGUUAGAUAUUUAAUUAUGAAUUAUACAAAUGAGAGUGGAGUUAGAUAAUUAGAGAGAUAAAUUAAUUCAAUCUUUAGAAACAUAGCAUUAUAAUAAGUAAGAGGUAAAAGAAAGGGAUCUUAUAAUAUUAAUAAGGGAUUCAUUAAUUAAUGUUUGGGUUAAGCUACAAUUGUCUAUAAGAAUAUUAGAUUAUAAACUGUGGGAAUGUGUAAAGGAUUAAAUGAUGAUGGGAUGAAUAUUUUAGAAGUCAUUAAAAAUAAAGGAUAAGGGCAUUUGUUUUAAUAAUCAAAAGAUCAAUAUAUAGUUGAAUAAGGAAUAACUGCUUUGUCUUAUUUAAGAAAUUGUUUCAAACAUAUUUAAUUUCACAAUUGGGAUAUCAAUGUUGCAAACUAAAAUUGUUUAGGAGUUUGUGUUCUUGUUGCUUUGGUUUCUCUCUUUAUGAAUAAGAAGGUCAAAUCUAAUGUUGUCUUUGCAGGAGAAUUAAGUCUUAAAGGAUCUAUUUUUAGAUAAGAUAAUCUUAGAGAAAGCAUUAUUUAGGCUGCUGAAUUUGGAGUUGAAAUGUAAUAUUAUAAUAAUAUAUUUAAGAAUCAUUAUUCCAUCUUAAAAUGUAGGUGAUAUUCAGAAUUUAAAACCCUCGAUCAAAUAAAAAAUUAGAUUAGUUGAUCAUAUUGAAGAAGUUUUUUAGUUAGCAUUUGAGAAUGGAUUUACUUACUACCACUACCCUAAUUUAUGA